AUCCGCUACCGGGAUGAAAGUUUUCAAGUUGAUAGGAGGGCUAGUCUUCCUCACCUCUGUGUUUUCGGCCUGUUCCGGACAAAACCCGAUGACUGUACUGUGCUCCAUAGACUGGUUCAUGGUCACCGUACACCCCUUCAUGUUGAACAGUGACGUAUAUGUGCACUUUCAUGAGUUACACUUGGGACUGGGUUGCCCUGCCAAUCAUGUUCAGCCCUAUGCCUACCAGUUCACCUACCGUGUGACGGAAUGUGGCAUCAGGGCCAAGGCUGUCUCUCAGGACAUGGUUCUCUACAGCAGCGAGCUGCACUAUGCUUCCAAGCGUACGUCGUCUAAGUACGUGAUCCCUGUGUCCUGCACUGCCCCGCAACGUUCCCCGUGGCUCACGAUGCCCUGCUCCAGGAAAGUAGCCAGCGAGGGAGCCAUCACAACCCGGGAUGGUGAGACGUGCUAUGAGGUGUUCACCUUGUCACAGUCCAGCCAAAGGCCCAACUGUGAUUGUCCGCCUUGUGUCUUCAAUGAAGAAGGGCAGACCCAGGGCCCAUAUCACCAAGCAGAGGCCCAUCCCAUGCCGUUUUCUUCCUCUGUUAAUACUUCUGAGAACUGGUCUCUUCGCCUGGAUGAUCAGGUUGCGUCCAUGUGA